AUGAAGCUACUCGUCUUCGGCUGUAACGACAUCUACAACACAUAUGAUCAACGACAGUUUUUGGUGCUUUUGCUAUUUUCUAUUUGGUGUGUACUAAUAAAAGGACAGUGUGACAACACCGCAGCCCCAGAUGAUCUCAAAGAUUGCCAGGAGCUUGGCGGAGAAUUUGUGUACACCGAGGAAUUGAAAGAAGUUUUCGAAAUAGUUCAUGUACUUCGUGGAAGGCUCACUUACAAGGAUACCAAUGAUGUGACCUUGGAUGCGAUUUCAAAUCUCACAAUCAUCAUUGAAGAGUCGCCAGCUUUGGAGGUGCUUAGCAACAAGAAUCUGCAGGAUAUUCGCGCAUUACUCACAAUGAAUUUUGAUGGGCCACCACCUCAUGCAGUAUUUGUCGACAAUCCCAUGAUAUGUGAUACAAUCCAAGUGCGUGAGAAGCUUAUUGAGAAAGCGGGCGGACCAUUUCUCUUCAACUCUCAGUGUCUGCAACAAUGCAUGGGCGGAGUAGUCGAUGAAGAUUAUCUGGCCCAUUUCCCAACUUAUUGCUCACGAAUUCAGGGGGAUCUCUUGAUUAAAAAUAGAAAAGGUGUUCCGGAUAGUUUUAUGAAACUACAGCAGGUCGAAGAGAUUUAUGGACUCUUGAUCAUCGCCAACAAUACUAAUAUACCAAAUCUCGAUUUUCUCCGAUAUUUACGGAGAAUAGGAGAGUCAACGUUGGCCGAGCCACCAUUAAUCCUGGUGAAUAAUAGCGGCUUAACUUCGUUGGGCUUACCACAUCUAGAAGAGAUUCGUUCUGGAGAAACAGAAUAUUUGGUUGUACUCAAAUAUGCGGAAGGACAGCAUAUUUCGGAUAUGAACACAUUGCAAAACGUGGCGGGGAAUCGAAUCCUCCUUUCUCAUGUAGAAUCUGAGGGUGAGGAAGAUGAAGAACGAAGCGGGAAUAUGUGGAUUGCCAUAAUAGUGGUCGUUGUUGGAUCUUUGUUCCUGAUGGUGCUAUGCGGAACUAUUCUAGUUCUCGUGAAAAGAAAAGAUGCAAGCGAAAAGAAUAAACAGAAAAAUCAGGCUAGUUAG